AUGGAACAACUUCAAGUUUCAAUGCAAGACGAGGGUUUAGAAGAUGAUCAAGUGACUCAACUCGAUCUUCCAUCUAAGAUCCUCUGUAAAGUUGUUUAUGUGUGUCGCAUGGUUGAACCUGAAACGGAUGAAGUGUAUGCUCAAAUUGAUUUGCUUCUAGAGCCGGAUCAACCUAAUGAUGAGUUAACUAGCGAUGAUACUCUCCCACCUGAACCUCCUGCGGGAUGCGAAGUCCAGUCCUUCUCCAAGAUACUUACACUUUGUGAAGUUGAUUCCCAUGGAGGAGAUCUUCAUGGCAGUGAAUGGCACUUUUGUCACAUUUAUCGAGGUCAACCCAGGCGUCAUUUGAUAAGCACUGGAUGGAGUGAGUUUGCUCGCUCAAAAAUAUUAGUGGCAGGCGAUUCCUUCAUCUUCUUAAGGGGAGAAAGUGGGGAGAUUCUUGUGGGGGUUAGGAGGCAUAUGAGACAACAGCCAAACAUGCCACCUUGUAUUGUAUCGUCACAAAAUAUGCAUGUGGGAAUUCUUGCCACAGCUUCUCAUGCGAUUGCAACUGGAACUCCAUUUUCUGUCUUCUACAAGCCAAGGACAAGUCGAUUUGAGUUCAUUGUAAGGGUUAAUAAGUAUCUUAAAGCUCGAAACCACAAUCUAUCCAUUAGAACGAGGGUCAACAUGAGAUUUGAUUGUGAGAAAGAUCCAAAGCAAAGUUUCAAUGGCACUAUUGUCGGUGUGGGAGAAAACUUCUCGUCACAGUGGUACAGUUCUGAAUGGAGAUCCUUUAAGGUCAAAUGGGAUGAACUGGGUGCAAUUUUGCUUCCAGAUCGAGUGUCUUUUAUGGAAGUGGAGCCAAUUGUUGCAACUACUCCUUCAAAUACUCGACCUACAAAUUGGACCAACAAGCGGUCACGACCAUCAUAUUUGCCUUCUUUGAAUCCCGACCUUAAGGCCCUUGGCAUUUUGAAGAAACCUAUUGAACCAUGUAGUCACGAGCAUCUUGAUUCAUGUGGUUCCUUAUACAAUUCACUUCUUCAAAAAUGUCGACUAACUCAGCUGCCUUCACUUCCAUCAUUUGCAGUUACUACCAAAUCAUCAAUUUCUUGGCCUAAACAACUGAAGGGUGUAGUCGAGUCCAUUUCCCCAGUCGUUAAGAUAAUUUCUAGUGACCGGAAACAUGACUCAGAGAAUGGCUUCAAGUUGUUUGGCAUUCAACUUGUUAAUAGCUUCAAUAGGGAGGAAAGUUCUCCAUGUUUAGGCUUUUCAGACUCAUAA